UAACUUCCUAUUUAUAUCGGGCCACUCCCAUGGUUCUUGGGCCUCGGCCUUUUUUCUAAGGCGGGCCUUUUAGGAGGCCCGCCUCCUAAAAUGGAGGCAUUUCUGGAGGCGGGUCUCUUAUAAUCUUCACCUCGGUUAAUAGAUUUUAGGAGGCGGUUAAUUUUUAACGGCCUCCGUAAAUUGAUUUUUCAAGGCGGUUUUUUUACCACCUCGGUUAAUAGAAAAUGAUCGCCUUGGUUAAUGCCUGGCAUUAAUCAAGGCGGUUGAAAUUUCUGCCAACCUCGAAGGUGUUUAAAAAAGAUCGUGGUAAAUCAUUUUUUGUAGUAGUGCAAGUAUACAAAAGUUCAUCAGAUAUUUAGUGAAUCGUGAAAUUAAAGUCUUUUCAGUCAUGACCAGAAAUGUUGUUUGCUCGAAAUUUCCGUUUGUUUAUCAAAAGAUACACUUUUUAGUCCAAAUUUCAUGAAAGUAGGUGUCUUCACUGUGAACUGGAAAAAAAAGAAUCAGGAAACAAAAUCUCAGUCCCUAGUACACUGGAUUUUUGACAAGUCUAGGUCAAUAGAAGGUGGUGAAGAUUUACCCUAAAAAAGACUUUGAACUCAAGGGCACUUGUAGACACAUGCCAGUACGCCCUCGAAAAAUCUUAACCAAUUUCAUGGCGGCGCACGUGGCGCUUUUUUUAAUAAAAAAUAUGUAAUGAUCAAGAGUUCAAGGAAGCUUCUCCCAUGAACAGCUUUCAGUAUUCAAGGUCACCUUACACAGGCCUUUAUCCAACAAACUUCCGUGCUGCUUAUUCAAGUGGCAGGUUAUUCAUCUGCGGCCAGCGCACUACUACUUUUUUUUUCUAUUAAACAUGGCCACUUGGCCAAUUAAGAUUCAGCCUUUUUUGCUUAAUAAUUAUUCUUGUCGAUUGUCUAAAAAGCAGAUCUACCUUGCAAUGCUAACCUGAACUUUGCACCCAAAAGAACCUUCAUCGUUUCAAAGAAAAUUGCCCAUAAACUCGAUCACUGUGCUACUCGAAAUUGCUUUUUUUUUAAGGACACUACUCGAAGUUGUUGUUAUCCGAAUUGCAUGCAUGAACAUGCAGGGAACUUUCAGCAAUUCAGCUUCAUUUCUUUCAUGUCGAUCGCUUUAGCCUUUUCAUUAGUGCAGUCUUGGCGGUUCACACAAACUGUCUAGGUGGCUGCCCGUCGCGCUACUAGAACUCCCUUGUUUCCCUAGAUAAAAACAGCAGUGAAAUAGUUUCCGUACAGAUAUUUCCUAGCGACCAAAUUAAUGGGAGAGGAUGGCAUGCCUAAUGGCACCACAGGAAUAUCUCCUCGGUUUCUCCUGAGGAACCACCAGCUUCCUAUUGGCUGUUACGUUUCCCUACGUGAUUUUACUGAUUUUUUCUAGGGAAUGAAAUCAUCCCUAGAGUAUCUAAAUCUUCUGUAGGGAAAGAAAAAAAACAGCAGGAAACUGAGGAACUCUAGUAGUGAUCGCGUAUAUAUAGGGAUGGGGAGCUCAGCCAAGAGACAGGCACAACAGUGCUAGCUGAAACCCCAUCCAUCAUCUCUUCUAGGCAGGCUGCCACUGCACCAUGGGCAGCAGCAAGGUGUACGCCACGGUGUUGCUCAUCCGGCUGAUCUAUGCCGGCAUGCACAUCCUCACCAAGGCCUCCUUCAACGAGGGCACGAGCACCACGGUCUUCGUCUUCUACCGGCACGCCGUCGCCGCCAUUUUCCUGUUGCCUUUCGCCUCCCUGGAAAUCAGGAAGGGACAGGCGCCACCGCUGAACUUGAAGCUCGCUCUCAAGAUCUUUGCUCACGCUUUCUACGGGAUGGCUGGAACGAUCAACUUGUACUGCAUUGGUCUGAAAUACGCUUCAGCGACCUCUUCAUCGGCCAUCUUCAACAUCGUGCCGGUGGUCGCCUUCAUCUUGGCCGUCAUGUUCAGGAUGGAGACCCUGAAGCUUAGGAGCGUCCAUGGCAUCGCCAAGGCCUCCGGGAUACUCCUCUGCGUCGGCGGCGUCAUCGUGCUGGCGCUGUACCAGGGCCCCGAGCUCAAGUCCAUGAACCACCACCAGCUCCUCGAGCACCACGCCAGCGCCGCCGCCGCGCACGCGCAUUACUCCAGCAAGGAGUGGGCGCUGGGGAUCUUCCUGAUGACAACGUCCGUCGUGAUAUGGUCUUUCUGGACGGUCAAGCAGGGACCCUUGCUGCUGGAGUACCCUUCCAAGCUCCUGAACACGGCGCUGCAGUGCGCGUUCGCGAGCGUCCAGUCGUUCGCCGUCGCGCUCGUCCUCGAGAGGGACUUCUCGCGGUGGAAGCUCGCCGGCGCCGUCAGCCUCGCCGGGGUGCUCUUCACGGGCAUCGUGGUGGCGGCGAUCUCGUACUACCUGCAGAUCUGGGUGAUUGAGAAGAAGGGCCCGGUGUUCCUGUCCAUGUCGAUGCCGCUGAGCCUCGUCUUCACCAUGGCCAUCGCCUCCUUCCUGCUGGGCGAGGACGUCAGCCUGGGAAGCAUUAUCGGUAGCGUCCUCCUCGUCGCCGGCCUCUACAACGUGCUGUGGGGCAAGAGCAGGGAGGAGAAGCAGGGACGUGGAGAAGAAUGCGGCGGCGGCGACGACGGGGACGUGGAGAAGAAUGCGGCGGCCGUGCAGCCGGCGGACGGGGAGACGACGGAGGAGGAGGGGGGCGCCGCCAAAGUCUGAGGACACGCGUCCGUGCGGAUCAUGGGUGAAUGCGAUCGGCUGAUCACGGCGCCCGGCCGGCGUGGCGGGCCGACGACCGGUGCUUGUGCGAUCACUGCAGAAAGGACGAUGCAGGCAGGAAAGAUCGGACGCUGAUCGAUGUGCGUCCUGCUAUGUGAAAGCGAUUCUUCGGCUGCUCAGCGCCCUACGUGUAACUGUGUGUGCACAACCAGUGACUGUUUGUGUAAAUUGUGCACCGAGAUGUAUGUACAUCACAUCAAGUUACUAAUUUCCAAGUGAUGGUUGAUCCUAUAAUGGUGCAGAAAAGUGAGCAUCUUUAUUCAUAAA